AUGGGGGAUUGGAACUUAUUGGGUGGUAUCUUAGAAGAAGUUCAUUAUCACUCAACCAUAAUGGGGAAAAUCUGGCUGACUAUUCUCUUUGUCUUUCGAAUGCUGGUACUUGGUGUCGCUGCUGAGGAUGUCUGGGAUGAUGAACAGUCUGCGUUUACUUGUAAUACCCAGCAGCCAGGUUGCAAAAAUAUGUGUUAUGAUGAUGCUUUCCCCAUUUCUUUGAUUCGAUUCUGGGUUUUGCAGAUCAUAUUUGUGUCUUCACCUUCUCUGGUGUAUAUGGGCCAUGCACUUUAUAGACUUAAGGCCUUUGAGAAGGAAAGACAGAAGAAAAAGUCACACCUUAGAGCCCAAAUGGAGAAUCCACAGCUUGAUGCAGAGGAGCAACAAAGGAUAGAUAGGGAACUGAGGAGGCUAGAGGAGCAGAAGAGGAUUCAUAAAGUCCCUCUGAAAGGAUGUCUGCUGCGUACUUACAUCUUACACAUCUUGACCAGAUCUGUGCUGGAAGUCGGAUUCAUGAUAGGUCAAUAUUUUCUCUAUGGAUUUCAAAUGCACCCUCUUUACAAAUGUACUCAGCCUCCUUGCCCCAAUACAGUGGAUUGCUUUGUGUCCAGGCCCACGGAGAAGACCAUUUUCAUGCUUUUUAUGCACAGCAUCGCGGCCAUCUCCUUGUUACUCAAUAUACUGGAAAUAUUUCAUCUGGGCAUCACAAAAAUAAGGAGGGUACUUUAUGGGAAAUCCAGCAGUGAGAGCAUUGAGAAUGAAAGAGGCCUUCCACUCCAUUUCAAGAAAUAUCCAGGGGCCCAGCAGUGUACUGCUUGUUCUUCUUUACCUGAAAGAAUUGCUUUCCUUCAAGCUACUAAUAAUCUGAAAGUUAUCCGAGACAAUGUGCCAAGGUCUAAAAGCAUGUGCCAAAUUUCACAGCCCAGGCAACUUGAGGUAGAUGCUUCCUGUAGCCAAAGAUACAGGGUGGAAAAGGAUCAGAACAGCGGACAGCUCCACGUCCACAGCCCGUGUCCCCAAAAUGGCAGUGCCAGAAUUCAGUACCAAGGACAGCAGCCAUACAUUUCCUCCUCUGAACCAAAAAAUACAGUGUCCCAGUCCUGGCUAGGUACAAUAAUGGAGUCUAAACACUGUCCAUCUUAUUCAUUAGGAACUGUUGAGCGAUUCCAGGGUCUGGAAGCCUCAGAGAAAGCCUUCACAGAUCUUCAAAGUCAUUGUAAAGACAGUGAUGGCAGCAUGAGAGAGAGUGUGGUAUGGAGAGACAGACCUUACCCAGGCAGUCGUAAGGCAAGCUUUCUGUCCAGAUUACUGUCUGAAAAGGGAGAGUCGCAGAGUGACUCACAAUGCUCCAGUUCUCUGAAUAGCUCCUUUUUAGAUUUUCCACAUCAGGAAAACAGUCCCUCACCUCUUCCAUCAGCCAGUGGGCACAGAACAUCAAUGGUAAGUAAAGAGACAUGUUGA